AUGGCGCGAGCUAGCGAAGUAGUCACCGACAAUGCGGCAGAACCGCCGAAUGCAGAGGCAAAGCAAUUGCCCGUGAGGAGAAUGACCACGGUCAAAGGGCGCUGGCUGUCCAGCAAGGUCGAGGUUUCGAUCGCUAAAAACAAACACCUGAAGCGGACAAUGCCUACUCCCUCGAACGUCGAGGACCAGGAUCAGCUGGUUAUUGCCAGGGACGCGUUCGCAAAAUCGCAAGACUACGAGGGCGUAGUCGUGCGGCCCAUCGUGGUCGGGAAGGUCAGAGAAAGCGCGCUUCCAUGGUGUGUGAACAUGGAGGGAGAGCCAACAAUGACAGGCAUGGAUCGUCUGCAUUCAGAAAUCGAGAGAUUCUACAAAUACACACAACCCGAUCGAUACGAAACGGCCGCGCGGAAGCACCUCAUCGAACAGGUGCAGAGACAGGUUAAACAAUUCCUUCCAAAAUACAACAUCGAGGUGUUUGGCUCUGAGCGGACUGGCAUAGCCAUGCCUCUGUCCGACAUAGACUUCAGGCUGGUAUUAAAGUCGCAACCGUCAGACCCCGCGCAGGUGCCAAAAUUCCCGCCAGAUACAAAAGAGCGUAAGAAGGGAACACGUCUUCUGAGUAAGUUAUAUUGGACGGUAUUCAAUAAGAACGGAGCAUACCUACUGGCCGCGAUUCGUCACGCGCGCUAUCCUCUCGUCGCCGCGCAGGACCGCAAAUCAGGCUUGGAUGUGCAGGUCGUGCUCUCAAACGAUACAUCCAUCUCGAGGGUCACCAUGCAGGAGUACAUGGAAAAGAUACCCUACCUGCGAGAGCUGUACUGGGUAGUCAAGACCAUGUUCGAUACACGCGGCUUGUCAGACGUAUUCCGAGGCGGUUUUGGCUCCUACUCGCUCUUCAUGAUGGUCGUCGCCAGCAUAAAGCAUGCACCAAAGCCACCACAAGACUCUGCGAGUGCCCUUCUCCACUUCCUCGACUUCUGGGGCAACUUCGACAUGACGAAGCACGGUGUGUCUAUCGAACCUGCUUACCUCUUCGACAAGACGAAGCACCCUGUCCUCACGGAUACGCAGAGGGCUCGGCUACAGAGCGGAGAAACCAAACCCCUCCCCUCGUACAUGCUCUCCCUCCGCGACCCCGCCGACGAAACCAACGACCUCGGCCGCAAAGGCAUAGCCAUCAAGCACGUCCAAGCCACCUUCCGCGAUCUCCACAAGAACCUCCUCCUCGACGUGAAAUUCAACAAGCGAGCCUCCAUACUCUGCCCUCUCGUAGGCACAUCCUACAUGCUGCAACUCGAGCGUCGCAGGAAACUACAAAACUACGGUCGCGAGUGGGUGGAGAGGGAACAAAAGGACCUUGCUCAAUUGGCAAAGGAGGUUAGAGAGGGUGGAUGGCAAGGUGUAGUAGACGCAGUAGACGAAGAGGUGCUGAAGGACUCUGUGGAGGAGGAUAUGGAGGAGAAUACGCUGAAGAUGAUGGAAGAGGAAGAGGCCAGGCUGCGAUUGGCCAAGGAAGAGCGGGAUAGGGAGUGGAAGAGGCUGGCCGAGGAGAGGACUCGGCUGUUGAAGGAAGAAGCGCAGAAUACGUCGAUACUAGACCAUGGUGAUACCAUGUCUUCGAUCCUGGGUAUGGACAUGCCAGCAGUAGAGGAUCCGCAGACAAGUAAAGAUAGUGUAGACGGACAAGGCGACGAGGCGAAGAAGGCCUAG